AGCCAUUGAAUAUGAAUAGCUGUUUGUAAAUAAGUGCGAGAGAUGACACACGACUGCGGAUUUUUUCCCACGGUGCGAACUAUAAAAAGAAUAUUAAAAGACGCAUGCCGGUUGCUUGUAUUACGCCCUUAGGUCGGUUAGAAGCGUGCCGAAGUAUUUUAUGCUGCCACAAGUGAGCGGAUCGCACGCGUAAACUUGACAGUAGAAAUGGAUGUAGAGAUUUUGAAACCCGUUAUGAAUGCUCAGCGUAGUGCUAAAAAGGAAACAAAGAAGUCUAAGAAACCACUUAUGGAGAAGAUGCGUCGGGCAAGAAUUAAUGACAGUUUGAAUGAAUUGAAAACUCUUGUAUUGGAGGCGAUGAAAAAAGAUGUGUCAAGGUAUUCCAAAAUGGAAAAGGCCGAUAUUCUGGAAAUGACUGUGAAAUAUCUUCGUUCACUGAACACUGAGAGGACCUUGCAUAUUAAGCAACAUCAAGAAGACGCUUCUGCAGUCGCUAAAUAUCGAGCAGGCUUCAAUGAGUGUGCUGCCAAAGUUUCUCAAUUCCUGAUGACAGCAGACAAUAUUACUGUCCCGAUUCGCACACAGCUUCUAUCACACCUAGCGUCAACCUGUCAACAACAAAAAGACCCUCAUCAUUCUCCCAACGAUAUGUCAGUCUCACGACAACAAGCUCACGCAACGCUGUCGUCAUCUUUUCCCGCCACUUCACCAAAAGUUGGCGCGAGCACGGCUUUCGCCGACGGAAGUAUGGCAACGAAAUUCCCCUCGCCUCCUUCGUCACCUUUUCACAACCAUCCAGAAAGGAAACUACUACCUUUUCCACCGACAAUGUCGCCCUCUAUGUCACCCUUUAUGCUUAGUAACGGUAUUCCAGCCUUGAUCUUACCGAAUGACACUGCGCUGCAACUUCUACCUUUGACAUUACCCGCCAAUGCUUCAACUGCAUUCGACACAUCUUUGUGGAGACCUUGGUGACGCUCGUCCUACAUUACAAUCGAUAUCGUGAGCCUUUGUUAAAUUGCUUCCUGGGCGGAAAUGAAUUUCUGGAGUGUUUUUAAAAUGAGGGUCGCUUGGAUUAGUCGAGCUAUUAAAACUACUGAAUAUUUAUUAAGAAUUGUGCUAGAGGUAUAUAUAUUUUUGUUCCAAAAGCUAUGUAUAGAUACGAAUAAAACAACUCUUGAAUACGGAAGACGUCGGAAGCGAGUGUGCUGGUAAAUCGUCAAUUUCCCCAUGUGACCAUUGCAAACAGCAUCGGAAUGAAGAGGGCAACAAAUAAUUUGAGCCGAAAUUAAUAUCUGUCGAAAAAUGUGUCAUUAUUAGACUUCUUUUCACAAGCUUGCUUUAAAACAAUUUGGAAAGAAUCCAAAGAAAAAUUUUGAACUGUAGAAAACUCCUUUAGAUUACCCCGCAGUACUCGCGAGAGUCCAACACAACUGGACUUAACAAGCUAUCCUGCUCAUUCAUUUGUUAUGCUUUGUUGUUGUCUUGGUCAAAGAUUGUUAGUUCAUGCAGUUAAAUUAAUCUUAAUUGAAAAAUUCCUAUUGGUGUGGAGAAGAGGUUUAGAAAAUCUAAUGGUAACCAGUUUUUGCAGCGUGUUUUGUUAAUCCGACAUGUCUGCGACAUUGAGUCUGUUAUGCAGGCGGCAGUUUAAUAAGAAAAAAGUCGGCGGUGGAGAUUAGCAAGUCAGUUCAGCAUCAGCUACUGCCAAGAAGAGUAAUUCCAAUUAAAUGCAAAAUUUGUCUA